GAUGUGUCAGCUUCCUCCUUGUUUGUCAGACUGGAACAUCUGCAGCUCGUGCAGGUUUCUUUUUACUUGAAAAGUGACACAGUGGUAGACACAGAUAGAUAUUACUGUUUGAAACAAAAUAGUCUUUUCAUUUAACCGGCUUGCUUUUAUUUUUCUAACCACUUUUGUUGGAAACUUCGUCUGUUUUUUUCCGUCUGGCUGUGUUUUUAGGGGACAGCAUUUCUUUUGGGUGAUAUUUCCUUCCCGUGUGAGGAGAACAAACUGAUAAACGUCAGUCUCCUGCUGCAGACAUGGAAGAAGAGACUCCACUGCUGAACAAAAGACCAACACCCCAUGAAUCCAAGAUCAAUAACUCCCGACUGUUCCUGGCGGUCUUCUCUGCCGUCCUGGGGAACUUCAGCUUCGGUUACUCCCUGGUCUACUCGUCCCCGGUCCUGCCAAAGCUCAAGAGCCCCGAUGCCGACCCUCGGCUCAGGAUGGGCACGGAGCAGGCCGCCUGGUUCGGCUCCAUCUACCCGCUGGGCGCCGCGGCCGGCGGGCUCGGGGCCAUGCUGCUCAACGACAUGAUCGGACGCAAGCUGAGCAUCAUGAUGUCGGCACUGCCGUCGGUUAUCGGAUACUUGCUGAUGGGAGGGGCUGUCAACAUAUGGAUGCUCCUUGCGGGCCGUUUCCUCACAGGCAUUGCCGGGGGGAUGACCGCAGCAUCCAUUCCCGUUUACAUCUCAGAGAUCUCCCACAAAGACGUGAGAGGGACUUUGGGCUCCUGCCCUCAGAUCACUGCUGUGUUUGGGGCGCUGGCGCUCUACGCCUUGGGUCCGGUGGUGCCGUGGCGGUGGCUGGCUGUGGCGGGGGAGGUGCCCGCUCUGCUGAUGGUUGUGCUGCUGGUGUUCAUGCCCCGCUCCCCCAGGAGGCUCCUCGCUCUGGGCAGAGAGCAGCAGGCUGAGAGGGCCCUCCGCUGGCUGAGGGGGAAACACUACGACACCAGCAUCGAGCUCAGUGCCAUACAGCACAGCAUUGACACGCAGGGUAAAGUCACGUGGUCGCAGCUCGCCACACCCAUCUACUACAAACCGAUUCUCAUCGCAGUGGUGAUGCGUUUCCUGCAGCAGAUGACGGGCAUCACGCCCACCCUGGUCUACCUGGAGACCAUCUUCUCCAAAAGCAAUGUCUCCGUGCCGCCCAGUUACGACGCUAUCAUUGUGGGUGCCGUCCGCCUCUUUUCGGUUGCCGUGGCAGCCAGUUUAAUGGACAAGGCUGGACGCAAAGCCUUGCUGUACACGUCGAGUCUGCUGAUGUUCCUGUCCGCUCUGACUCUGACCAUGAACUCCCACACCACAGCUUGCCCUCCAGGCCCCGCCCCUCCUAACCUCACCGUGAGUUUGGACUACAGCUCCCACAAUGCCAUUGGAGACACUUUGGCUGCCGGCCCCCAAACUGCAGCAGGCAUCAUCCCUCUCAUCAGCACCAUGGUGUUCAUAUUUGGAUACGCCAUGGGAUGGGGCCCAAUCACGUGGCUGCUUAUGUCAGAAGUGUUGCCGCUGGUUGCCAGGGGCGUGGCCUCGGGUCUGUGUGUGACUGUCAGCUGGCUGACGGCCUUCGUGCUCACGCACGCCUUCACGCACCUGGUGGACAGGUACGGCCUGUACCUGCCCUACCUGUGCUUCACGGUGGUGUGUGUGCUCUGUCUGCUGUUCAGCGCAGUGUGCGUCCCGGAGACUCGCGGCCGCUCACUGGAAGAGAUCGAGAACUAUUUCAGGACGGGGCGAACGUUCACCAUCAACAGGAGUCGGUCCAUCCAACAGUCAAACUGAAGCAUGGAGAUCCCUUUGAUCAAAUGGGAGUUAUUCUCACGAUAUACCUUGGAAAAGAGGCUACUGCACAGUGUUUAUUUUUGUAUUAUUAUGUAAUAAUCAAUAUUAAAGGUCUAAGUAGCAUCUGAAAAACGGACAACUAGAAUAAUGACAUGAUCACAGAAGGACCACUGAUUGUAAAAAGCAAUUAAGGUCAGGAAGUUGGUAAUAAUCAAGUCCCAUUGAUACAUAAUUAUACAACACUAACACCCAAUGUACCAACAGGAGAAGAUUGUCCUGUUGCUAAGAGCAUAUUUCCUCCUUAAAUACAUUUUUCCAUUUACUGACAAUGCUAUGUAUUGUUUUGGUCCAUGUUGUAUUCAUACAUUUUACAUUAAAUGCACUUGAGUGCUGACAUUUUGUACUAUAAACUAUACCGGACAGUC